AUGCUACAGGAACACCCGGCGGACUGUGUCGAGGAGCUUACAGUCCUAGCUCGAGCACAGUCCUCAACUGCUACACCAUCGACUGUAUUUAAUUCGGAAAUGACGAAAGUUAAAGUGGAGACUGCAUCAGAGCUCCACGAAGUUAAGCGGGCGCUAAAUAAUCUCCAUGACGUGCUCAGUUUUUAUCUGUCGGUGGACCACCGUGAUAUGAACAAACUCACGGUUUUCUGCAACUCUCUUCUGCAGCACGACGGGUUGAACAGACUACGGGCCUUCGAGGCAUCGCGAGACCAAGAUGUGCGGGCACUUUCUAACUCUAUCAUUGAAAAAGCAGUGCCUGCUAUAUGGCACUAA